UGUAUGAUUCUCUCCAGUGGUCUCCAGCCUCCUGGGUGUAGGAGCCAGGAUGCCAAGUGACUGGCUUGAUCACAGUUGUAUACUGGCAGGGUAGUUGUGGCAGAAGGACAAGAGGUGAGGAUAUUGGGGAUUGUGGUCUACAGGAUUGGAUCUAGACUGAGACAAAGUAAAGCAGACAGGUCGAGUGGGGAGGGGGUGGAGAUAGAGACUGAGGGAAAAUAGAAGGGCUAGAAAGUCCAGUGAGGAGAGUAAGAGAUCUGAAGAAUGGUAGGGUGCAGUUAGAGAUGGUUAUGUAGAACUUCAGAAUUACUUGGAAUUUCAGAAUUUAGAAUUUGGAGAGAUGAAAAGAUCCGGGGUGUGCUUAUGUGAUUAGUGGAUGAAAUGGAGGAUAGAGACAUAGGUGAAGGUUAGGUCUUUGAACUUAAGAAGUGUAGCCACCAUAAUGUCACCCCAUUCAUACUGAUGUUCCCCUACCUCUGGGAGACAGAUGAAGAUUGAAACCAGGAAAUCCAGUUCUUAAUCAAGAACCAACUCUAUGGAUCCAGGACAGGUUUAUCCCAUGGCCUGCUCUGAACAGCGUGUUGUCCAAUAGAAGAUUCCAUUGGCAAACCGUCUCUGUUGCCUUAUAGAGCAAGCAAAGAAGAUGGAUCGACUGAAGAACCAUCUGCCUGUGUGCUUUCUACCUACUGUGCCCUUUUUAAUCCUAGUAUCCACUCUAGCGGCUGCUAAGAGUGUGACUAAUAGCACUUUAAAUGGCACUGACAUUGUCUUGGGCUCUGUGCCUGUAAUCAUUGCCAGAACUGACCAUAUCAUAGUCAAGGAAGGGAACAGUGCCUUGAUUAAUUGUAGUGUUUAUGGUAUCCCUGAGCCACAAUUCAAGUGGUAUAAUUCCAUUGGCAAGCUGCUGACAGAAGACGAGGAGAAAGGAGGAGGAAAAUGGCAGAUGCAUGACAGCGGCCUCCUGAACAUCACCAAGGUGUCUUUUUCAGACCGAGGUAAAUACACAUGUGUUGCUUCUAACAUCCAUGGCACUGUGAACAACACGGUGACCCUGAGAGUCAUCUUUACCUCUGGAGACAUGGGCGUCUACUACAUGGUCGUCUGCCUUGUGGCCUUCACCGUUGUCAUGGUCCUCAAUAUCACCCGCCUGUGCAUGAUGAGCAGUCACCUGAAGAAGACUGAGAAAGCCAUCAAUGAGUUCUUUAGGACAGAAGGCGCAGAGAAGCUGCAAAAGGCAUUUGAGAUUGCCAAGCGGAUCCCCAUCAUCACCUCAGCCAAAACUCUAGAGCUUGCCAAAGUCACCCAGUUCAAAACCAUGGAGUUUGCACGCUAUAUCGAAGAGCUUGCCAGGAGUGUGCCUCUGCCUCCCCUCAUUAUGAACUGCAGGACCAUCAUGGAGGAAAUCAUGGAGGUGGUCGGGCUUGAGGAGCAGGGGCAGAAUUUUGUGCGGCACACUCCAGAAGGCCAGGAGGCCUCAGACAGGGAUGAGGUUUACACAAUCCCAAACUCCCUGAAGAGAAGUGACUCCCCCACUGCUGACUCGGACGCCUCGUCGCUGCACGAGCAGCCUCAGCAAAUUGCCAUCAAGGUGUCUGUGCACCCACAGUCCAAAAAAGAUCACGUGGAUGACCAAGACGGCAUGCAAUUUGAGGUCAAAGAUGAAGAGGAGACAGAACCGUCAGCCGACCGUUCCCCGGAAACUGCAGAGCCUUCCACAGAUGUAACAUCCACAGAGCUAACGUCUGAAGAGUCAACACCUAUCGAGGUAUUAGAUAGAGUCCUGCCACCAGCUCACCUGGAAACUUCAGAGCCAGCAGUGGCACAGGACAGAAACACCUGCAUUAUUUACGAAAGCCAUGUCUAAUAUCAACCAUGAAAAGCUAUGCAUAUCAAGAAAAUCAGGGGCUGCUCCUUGUAGUGCAGAUGUAGUACGCACUCGCCGCUAAGCCUUACCAGGAGACUCUCAUCCCUUAGGUAGGAGUGACGCCAUUUUAAAAGGGGAAACACCUGAGUGCAGUUUAUGACAUGACUGGAAUUUCCCCCACAGUAAAGGAUGUGAGAAACAUCAGGGUGCAGAAUUGGUAAUACUGGACGGAAGGUGUCUGUCCAUGCGAUACGAAUUUUAGAGGCUCUUCUCUGCCAAAUAACCUUAAUGGGUGAUGCCCUUUUGUCAAAGAGAAUAUUACUAUAAGAUAUUCUGAGUUCAAGAGCCCUGUCCAAUGCACACCGCAUUGCUUUUCCUUUAAAAAAAAUUAUAGGUCUGCUACAAUAGCAAAUGCACGUACAUGGGUUUGUUGCACUUUCUUCUCAGUUUUAUUCCUUUCACUGUUCCUUUAUAAUGGAGUAGCUGUUGUUACAUUAAUACUAGUUGCUCUUUCCGGUUUGGUCCCCUUUGCCACUUUGUCCUUAUUUUCCCCCUAGAAUACUUACCUCAGAGGCUUGGUAUCAGUCACUGGUGCCAGGGCUGAUACCUACAAGUCACCUGUAAUGUUCCCGAGUAGUUACUAGGCUCAUUGUUUUUGUCACUACCCAGGCCUAUGUUCAUACAUCACUUUUUUUGUUUCCAACGAAGCUGCUAUUGUGAAACUGAGAAAAAUUUUGCCCAGGAAUAGCACUUUAUUAGCCAAAAACAAAUGUGUUUACCUGUCCGAUUCUGAGAGCCUUUUGGUGGAGGGAAAUUAUAAAAGGUCGAAUAUACCUGUAUUACCCAUGAAACCUGUCCUCUGUGUAAGUAACAUCAUCUUUACAAACAAAAACUGAUUAUCUGGAAAAUGUAUUGCUUCUGAAGACAGCAGCAUAUGAUGAAUCCCUGUAGGUUGUAGAAUAUUGACUUCCCAGAAGGGCUUGGAGGGCCAUAUGCCAUCGAGUGACUCAAACACUUAAUUCAGGGCAGCAAAAUAAAGAUCUGUGAAGUUGUGUAACCAGGUCCGCUUUGUGAACCACGUAGCUAACUUGUUGGUCUUGAAGGGGAGAGGGAAAGGUUGGAGUAAUGACCUAGGGAACUGUGUCAUCAAAUUUCACGCCAAAUUAUUGAAUUAUUUUUUAGUCUCACAAGAAAGCAGUAAUAUGUGAGGCUGAAUGAUGUUAUGGAAAGGAGAAAAAGUCAGUCUAUGCAAAGGUCAACACCUUACCUGACUGUGCCAAUAACUAGCUGCCUGGCUUUGGGCAGGUAUGGGUCUCAGCUUCCUUAUCUGUCAGAGGGGGCAGACUAGAUAGGCUCUGAGCACCAUUUAAAUGGUCUCACUCUCUCACAGAACCACCUCAAUAUCAUCGUGCUUGCUCUCUUUCCAGUUAACGGAUUUUCACUUUCAUGUCUGGGUUCAGCUAACAUUUUUUAUGCUGCCUUACUUACUCAAGGAGGAUCAGUUUUAAAUAAUCAUAGCAUUUUAAGCAAGUUGUGGAUCUUCUCUCCCAAAACAUCAUUAGGACCACUUCUAUAGUUUAAAUUUAACCGUAGUGAGAAUGAGUGGUAUUUCAUUGUCACUUAGAAGCAGGGGGAGUAACCUUAAAGUUGUUGUAGGGGUCAUGGCCACAUCAAGUGAUGGGGUCGUAUUGCUGAAGGUUACACGGGCCACGUUGGUACUGAGGGAGCAGACCCAGAUGUUUAGUCCUCACUCUGUCACUAUCUAGUAAGUGAUCUCGAACAACUCCCUUCCCUUCUCUGGGGCUUAAUCUUUUCCAUCUGAAGAAUAUGGGGGUUGUGCUUGAUGAGUCACAAGGUCCCUUCUAGCUCAGACAUGUAUUGUUUUACAGAGUUUGUAAUCUCUCAAGAUAGGUCCCUGCUGCAAGAGACAAACAACAUUGGGAGCCAAAAUGGGUACAGGAGAUUGGAUGCUUUUUGCUGUCCAAAAUUUUACAACAAAUGUAUUUGGCUGUGCAGCUGAGGGCAGUGGGUUUGGCUUUAGGGGUAGCCUGACGGGCUUCUUUAUUCAUAGACAACCAGUGUGGAAGGCAAUCUAACAAGACAUGGAGUUUGGUUAGACAAACUUGUCCAGGAAUGAACUGCUGGCAUCUAGUUAGAAGGGUCUUGGCGGGGGGAAGGGGGGGGUCACAUAAAGCAACUAGUAGUACAGCAGUCAAGAGAAAGCAUGACUCCUAUGUGGGCUCUCUGGAUUAGGAUUUUAUGUAUUUGGGUUGCAGAACACCUUUAUCUCCAACUCUAAGAAUAUAAACAUUUUCCACUUGCUAUGGAGGUCAGCAAAUUCUUACUACGGAUCUAUAUGCCCAAAACAACUGAAAUUUAAGCUCAUUUUGUGAUAUUGUGUGAACUUUUUUGCAUUGUGUUCAGUUAUUCCACCCAAACCCAUGUGCAGAUUUCCACAUGGAAAGGCAUCAGUUCUAUCUAGACAUUGAUAAGAAAUAAAAACUUUAAAAUCAGCAGAUUUUUAAUGAAGCAGGAGCAGGAAUUUAUGACCAAAGAAUGUUCCAGAUUGGUCUUAGCUUCUUAAGACUGGGGAGAUGAUGAUGAUGAUGAUUAUUAUUAUUAUAUAGAUUUUUCCAAACUUUUCCCCUAUUAGGGCAUCAAAAAGCUCUUGAUAGAAUCAUAGCCAACCUAAAAGGAGGUUGGUUUACAAUGGAGAUUUCUCCUUCCAGAAAUUCUACACUCUUCCUAUCCAUCCUACAUCUUCUUCGUGAAAUGAGAAAGGCUCUCUCCUUCUAGAAUAUAAAAUGUAGAAGACCUUGUGACUUUCAGCUGAUUUUUCAAAGAUAAACUGCUCAGCUUCAUAGAAAUUCAUAGACGUAUGGCUGUAUGUGUGUGUCCUUGUGUGCACGCAUGAGCGUCAGGCUGUUUGGGGCAGUUUUAAAAGCUUAACGCUAAAUCCCAAGCCACGUCCUUUGGGUCUUAUGUAGUCAUUCUCAACAUCAGUCUCUGGUUUCUGAGUCAUAUCUCUAGCAACUUCUUUCCUUGAAAUUCUGAAAAUGAUUCAGAUACGUGUGCAUAUUUAAUUCACUUAGAUGAUCUGUAAACUUGGAUGGUAUUUAUUCUAAAUGGAAAAAAACACAAUUUUAUACUGAAAAUCUAUGUAAUUUAUAAUGGUUUUGUUUUAUAUAUUAUAUUUUCAUAUCUUUAGGGCACAUCUACUGUUCUCAUCUUUUUGUAUAUCAUACUCAGCAAAAAGAAAUACUAAUACUUGACUAAAAUCUCUAGGAACCAAAUGUGAUGUAUAACGUAUAGAAAUUGCUCUAAAAAUAGCUGAAUGUUCUCACCCAUCCCAAGCAUUAUUGUGCCAUUACAUCCAGAAUGAGUUGUCUCAGAUGUUUAUGAGCAUUCCUUUUUUCAAAACUAAGGCUAAAAGGUCUUGACAUCCCACACAAUGGAUUCUGGAAUCUCCUUCCUAUCUUUAUCUUUUUUAUUGUUUGUUUCAUUUUUAACUGUAGAAGUCUGUGUUGUUCAAGCUUGCCUUUGAAGGGCAAAUGUGAGAUAAGAAAGCAAUUUGAUGAAAAGACUGAAUUGAACUCUGGCUAUGUAAAUUAUUUAGUGGACUGCUGACAUGUUUUAAGUCUAAUGCUUCGAUUGUUAUUUAUUGGUGAUCUAGGGUCUGCUCAGCUCUUUAGCACACGAAGUAAAUGUAAGGCACAAAGAAUGUUUGCAUGUUUUGAACAAGCACUCUCUCAGUGUAGUGCAGCCAACACAGAUCUGCUUACCUGCAAAAACACCCAUCCCAGCCAUUGGAGAAACAGUUUGGGAGAGGCAAAUCAGCCACCUUUUAUUCGUAGAUUGAAAUCCAGUAUUGUUAUCAGUGCUAACUCUUAAAUGGCAGCCCCUGAGGUUCUGUUAACAGGGGAUUUCCUGUCAGUGUUUCAUUUGGUAAGAAAAUGGAGCAUUUAACUUAUCUUUCAGAUACUGUAUUUUAUAUUCGGCAUAGUUCAGCUACUGUUCUGUACCUAUUUCACAGAUCCUUUUGGCAUUCCGUUAAGAUUAUAAUCCCUGUUUCUACUCUUGCUUUUUAAGCUAAUUUACUGGUACUCUUUAAACCUACCAGAUCUCAUUGUAUGUUCACACACAUCUUUUGAGCACCUGACAUCUUCAAGACACUAACCAUUUUUACAUUCACCUAUUCAUUUAAAAAUCCCUCAGUAGAUAACAAAAUUCAUUUUCCUAAUGACUUUUUUAGGGUUUCUACGGUGAUUAAUCAGGUCUGGAUUAAACAAAUCAAUGGUGGGGGAUUGGAUAUCAAAACAAUUGUUUAAUAUGUUUUCCAAAGGACUGAGUGCGUGUCUGUUAUACAAGAAAAUAUCGUAUGAGGGUGGUAAUGAUCUUUGAGAUAGUUUAGAGAUAUCACUUUGAAAGGGACUAAUAUUUAGAAUACCACAAUCAAAAUUGAAGCUCUCAGAGAAUGUAAAAAUAGAAAACAAAUAGUUCUAAGAAUAUUCUGGCAUAAAUUGAUUUUAUUUAACCAGUAAUAAAAGCCUUCAAAUGUAUCUGUCAGACACCAUAGAGCUGCUUACAGUGAGUUAGGGUCAAAGAAGAUGUUUGCUUGCACUUAUGUUUGGCUUGCUAUAUCUCUAGUUCUGGAUGUCCUUUGUUAAAAUUGGAAAAUAAGAUGAAAAACUUUGGGCAGAAAUGUCCAACUGGUGGAUUUGUGAACUAUAAAUGUUCACUUUUUAAAAAUAAUUUAAAGAUAUAAACAGAUGACAUUUAAGUUGAUGUUAUAGUAGCAAAACAAAACACCAUGUGCUCCAUCCUGUGUUUUGAUCAUUGCUUUAAUAAAGGGUUUGCGCAGGAGUGUG